ACAGUUGAUCGUUCACAUGAGCACGUGAAUCGACAAUAGUCAUUCACAUGUUACACGUGUAUAUUGGCUGUCAUCGAAGGUGUUGUUUAUAACGAAGACGAACUGAGCUGCUGUCAGRAGUACAAUAUACCGUUAGUCUGAAAGGUUGUAGCAUCUCUUUAGGUGAACUUAUAUCAGCUGCACCAUGGAUUUUGUAGAAGACACCAAGAUCCUUAUGCAAAGCUUAACAUCCUCUGACCCAAUGCAGCAUAGCGUCUACAACCACACACUCCUUUCACCACAUCAAGUCUCCAUUAGUAAAGCAAUGUCACUGCACCAGUGUUCUGGAUUGGUUGGUGGCAGUCCAAGUGCAGGAAGUAGGGUCAUUGAUAGUUUACCAGAAGACAAUACAAUGCUGUGGGGUAAAGAUGGCAUGAUCAACCAUAAAAUGCCGUUCAGCAAGGAGGGAAGCUAUCUAACAGAAGCAUUGUCAAAGUCUACUGCCAAGAUCCAUUCAACAUGCACCUUYACCUCACAAACAAAURGUGAUAUCAAUGGAACUGCACAAGAAAAUGGCUGUAAACUUGAUGAUGAUGAUGACGACGACGAUGAUGAUGACAGUGCCGCAGAUGAUGAUAAUGACAGCAGCGAUGAUGGUGAUGAUGAUAGCGAUGUUGAAAAUUUCAUUAGAAUGCAUUUAGCAAGAAAGAAAGAAUCAACCAGAAGAAACAAAGGAGACCAAGCUGUAGUGWCCAAGACGGCACCUAAGACUAAUGUCAACGUACAAACAAUGGAGGGUUUCUUACAAAAAACUGAUGAACUUAUUAAACAUAAUUUACUCCUUCAACAACAGAUAAGUGCACUGAAAAGGGAGACAAGCUUACAGACAAAGGUACUCACUAAGUUAUUAGUCAAGAGAAGUAAGAAGUAUAAGAAACCUUAUGAUGAGAAUUCAUCUUCAUUGUGAUAGAAUACGGUAUUCAGUACAAAUUAUUUGCUUUUCAUUCACUUGUUAUCAACAUAACAAUUUAGGAGGAUUAAUUUACAUCUCAAAGUUGUAUAAUAUAUUAACUAAGUUUGUACAUAUUUGAUAAUUUUAAAACAACAUCAUCAAACUAUCGAUAUCUCAUACAACUUAACAAUAUUUUAUCUAAAAAUUCUAAGUCGAAUAUAACUUAUUUGGAAGUUUCAUUAUUUUUUGUUUUCAAUAUUAUUGUGAAUUAAAUUGUACAAUAUUAUAAUGUGUGGCAAAAAUGGUAACUUUAAUURUUUUAACGUCACUGUGGUCAGAAUUGGGUCCUACCUGACAUGAGGGACUGCCACACAAGAGUUUUUUGGCAGGUUUAAGAGAUGAUCUGGGAAAUAGUUGUACUGGGAGACUGUGAAUUAAUUUUUWCAUGUUCAAACAGUCAACAUUUAACAGUACAAAAGUUUCUGCCCUGAGCUUUAAUAUGUGUAAAUAAGGGUUGAUGUGCAUUGAAUGUUUGCGUUGUGUCUGUGAAAUUGUACGAAAUUAACUCAGUCUUUUAAGUGUCAGUCAGUUAAUCCCAAGUCUGCUAACUGUAGUAAAAUGUGUAGCUAAAUUUGUACUAGCUAAUUUGAAAUAGGUACAAGUAUAAUUAAAUUUAUUGCGUCACUGUA